AAUUACGUCAUACAUUAACUUCAGCGAGGUCGUCUUCUGUAAAUAAUAUAUCUCAUAACUGUAGCGACACACUGUAUUAUUGCACGCAUUUUCCUUGGAGAAAUUAUUUAUCUAAAUGCUGAUAUCACACUUUAGAUGAUGGCAGUACUGUGUCAGCCUGCGGCCAUCGGUUAGCUCGUUAGGCUAACUUUACUGUGAUUCUGCCUGUGAGGACGCUAGCAUUAGCUAGCCAUUUGGCUAAUCAGAGGUUAUUACGGGAGGAAUAAAGCUCGUAUUGAGAGGCCUGUGCCUGCAGGAGAUGGGCAUGUGAAAUGACAGUCACCUGUAGCCUCUAACUGAAUUACCGCGUAUCAAAGGUAAGAUGUCCGUGUUGUAAAUUGAACGUAAACGAGUGUUUGGUUAAAUGUAGCCGACGGUACGUUAGCUACUUCCCCCUCUUAAAGGGCCUGUGAGUGACAGCUUUACCCGGGUGAUGACAAACCUCUGCUCUGGUUGUCAGGGAGAUCUAUACUGUAAACGAAUAAUGACUUUAAUAUCAGAAACAUCGACUUUAUGCAGUCAGUGAUAACCACAUGAUUGCUGUCAGACAGCAUUAUUGUCAUACCCGAUAUAAAUGACGGAUGUGGAGUGUAAAGGGCUGGUUGAUAAGCACAUCUGAGGUGUCAGACGGGGAAAUCCAGUGUCUGCUUUCUGACUCUUUUCCUUUGUAUCACAAUAAGUCAUCUGCAUGUUCAUUAUCUAUUUAUGGAAUAUUGAAAUGAGUAAAUAAAAGUGAUGUCUCAUGAGGUCUCGCUUAACACAGGGGGACUGCACAGGGAUGACUGGGCAGAAGAGUUGGACAGUACACAGCCUUAAAUCAAUCAUGAGCCAUUAGAUACGAAGACAACUACAGCAGCAAGCACAGUGAAUAACAAGUGUUUACCUGAAGACAGUAUCUCAGUAAGAUAGAAAGUUUCAGUCAAUGAAUUUUUACCUUAUCUUUUCUGAAGGAACCAUUAAUAAAUAUUGAGUGAAUAUCUGGCACCUUUAUGCAAUAAAAAAGGUUGUAACAAGUGAUUAAAAUAGAUUAAAAAGGUGGUACUGGAUCUUUCUUUAAUCAUUCUGUUCAGUUUCUUAUUUCAGUGGAAUUCAAUACUUGGCUUAUUGACAAUCCCUUUACAACUGAUUAAUGAAGUUAUCUCCAAUGGUUAAGCUCAGAGUCCGCUCUGAGACAGAACUGACAAGCAGUCUACUUGUUAUUUGUUUUCAAUCUUCAUAUAUGUGUGACAUAAAGAGUAUGCAGCUGCACUAAUAAAUGCAGUUUUAUGAGUGUGUUCAGACCAUUAGUGAUCCUACACAAAGAAAAUAAAAAAGUAGUUUGCCUGGAAAAAUAUUCUGUUCAUGUAUCCUUAAGCUGUAAACAACUUAAAACAAGCUAUUACAUUUUUUCAUUUGAGACACCUGUGACUUUCAUGAAGUCCUUUUUUAAAGAAAACAUUGGGAUUGAAACACAUAAUUGAAGUAAUUGUGACAUGCUGUCUGCCUGUGUUAUUGUGUCAACAGACCAGAGGUCAAGCUUGCCUUGAUGUUGGACCUCCAGCGUAGCAUGCAGCGAUGAGCUCUGUACUGUGGAGUCAGGAGAAGCCAGGUGGAGGCUUUAGGGAGGACUGGCGCUUCUAUAUGGUGAUAAAGGAGUGUACAGUGGAGAAGCCUCCCCAAAAGACCCUAAGGAUCCCCCGUGGCAGUCUUGGUCAAGCCUGCCAGGAACGUAACAGCCUGGGACGAACAUUGCCCCCAUGCAAGGGCAAGAAGAGCCUUCGCAUCCUGGACCAGACCAACGUGGUGCUGGGCCUGGAUGAGCGGGAUGUCCUGGAGCUGGAUGAGAAGCUGGCUGAGCUGCUGUUCCCCAUUACUAACUGUGAGGAGAGAUAUGCACUGCUCUGCAACAAGUCACGGCUAGAGCGUGUUCGUGAUAUUGACUGUGGUUCCAAGGUGCGUGUCCAGCUGCGCUCAGGUGAUGAACCUUUACCAGGUGUGGUCCGCUUCAAAGGCUCAUUGCUCCCUGACAGAGCCCUCUCUGGAAUCUGGUUUGGAGUGGAACUGCUGGUGAGACUUUCAUAACUUCUUUUCAUGUGUGCGUGGGUAGGUUGGGGUGGGACGGUUGGUCAUAUUAGUUUUGUGUCGUAUUACUUAGUUUUAGCAGGUGUCACUGUGAACAGUAUCUCAAGCUGUCCUGCGUGGCUUGUGCAACUUAUUUUCAGUUCACUGAAAACAAAAGAAGCAGCCACAAACUGGUUCUGGUUAGCAUUCUUAAGAAGGUGAUUAUGCUUAAGUGCCACUUCUUAAUUAUGUCCUAAUCCAGCUCUGGCCGACCACACUUCCCGCAAAUGAAACACAAAUCAGAGCAAGAAGUGCAACCAUUUCUGCUUGGCCUUAAUAAGUUAAUUACCUCAUAGCGGUUGAAAUAAAAGUACUCCUGUGGAAAAUAAACAAGACAAAAAUACAUACAGUGCAAUCACCCAGAGCCACUCUGUGCUAUGUGUCUUAUUGGAUGAUAGUUAUAAAAAUAACCUAUAGCAAGCAUUGAACCAUGAACCCUUUAUAUAAGUUUUUUCUGUCAGCUGCAGAGCUGCUUUAUUGUCUGUUUUGCAGUGUUUUGAAGCUUAAGGCAUUAUUUCCAAGGCUGGAAGAGAAGACAACUUUUUGUAGAAGUGAACAUCUUGAAAUUUAUUUAUCAUGUCUCAAUUUAAAGAAAAUCUCAGUCAGAUCUGCUACAUAUUUUUUUCAGUCUCAUGUAUUUGGUCAAUUUCUUCCUUUUGUAAAAAAGCUUUUAGAGACCUAGACUGUCAAAAAUGGUUGUUGUUUAGAAAAGGCUCAAACAAAACUGCAGUGUUUAGUCUGACAUGAGGAUAAAUGACUAUAAAUGACCCCGCAUGAGAAGAAUGAGGAUAUCAAAAUGCCUGUCUUUGUUGAUCUUCUUAUCUCAACAAUGAAUCUGAUUAUUUGACAUCAUGCCAUUAAUGUUGUACUAUGUGUACAGUACAGUUAUUACUGAAAUAUAAAGGGGUAGUUGUUUGAGAACAAUGAUUUUAUUCUUCUGGGACCAGCUGUGGUCUUCUUGAGUGGGUUGAUGGAGCUCAAGCAUUCAGAGUCUAGUUGAAUAUAAAGGCGUCAGAAUUUGCACUUAUAGUUCAGAUGGGACUCUGGUUGAAUGUUCCUGAGCAAGAACAGUGUUUUUGGAUCUAUUUGUUAAUGAGUCUGCAAAAAGUAAAAGAGGGCACUUUUUUAUCCAAAGAGUGUGAGAAAAGUUGCGCAGUACAUAACCGUAUUUUUAUGAAAACAUCCAUUGUCUGUCCUAGCAAUAUUUAAAUGGAUUUAUCAUCUCAGUCAAGUCAUAUUUCUGCUGCAGUAAUCGAUCAAAUGCUCUCAUAGAUGCUCUGUAAUGUUGACUCCCUUCCUCUGGAGUCUGCUGAGCAAGCAGCUCACUACCUGCCCUACUUGUUAUGACAAUGGGUCGCUCAUCUCUCUUGCUCCUGUUCUGUCUCACUCUCUGCAUUUAUCUAUUCAUCUUUUCUUAACUCUCUCUUUCACCAGGAGGAGGGUCGGGGCCAGGGCUUCACGGAGGGCUCUUACCAAGGCCGCCAACUUUUUCGCUGUGAGGAUGAGUGCGGUGUGUUUGUGGCCCUGGACAAGCUUGAACUCUGGGAGGAUGAUGAUGACGAAGCUUUGGGCGAGCUGGAGGUGGAUCAUGUUAAUUUAGUGGAAGAUGACCAGGACUACCCUCCUCUGGAAAUCAACUCCAGGGUCAUUGUACAGACAAGGGAUGGACCAGAGAGAGGAACCAUAAUUUUUUGUGACCUGCUGCCAGGAAAUGAGAGCCUUGGCUUUUAUGUAGGGGUUGACAUGGUAAGGCUUUUAUUUUAUCCAUCACUGCAUGAAUUAACACAGACAGAAAAACAUAGUCAAUCAUGAUGCACAGGGCAGGUUUUAACUGGUUUAAUGAUUUAUUUAUAAGCCAGUGAAAAGCGAAGAAAAAUGAAUAAGCAAAGAUCCAACAUUUUGUACUUGAAGUUUUUCAGUAUGAGGAUUUACUACUUUUACUGUCUGAUAUUUCAUAACUUAAAAACCUGUAAGUGCUUUGUUCAGGUUUCAGUAAACUGACUAGAUGAUGCAUCAUACAUUGAGCAAAUAAUUCACAGAUUAACUGACUAAGAAAGGAGGACGCACACAGUUUUGGCCUUCUGAUGCUUUCAGCAGGUUAGUUGAAAAGACUGAUAAGAAUCAUUUUGAGUCAGUAUGACUUGCCUAACUUUUUAGAAAAUGUGCUGUCUUGGCAAAUUUAAACCCACGACCAGGUCUGUUUGUUUAAUCUGACAGCUUCAACAAACAGCUGUUUUGUCUCAUCAUAUCAUAUUUUAACUUAAUCUCAUCGUAUAAUAUCUUAACUUCUCUUGUAUAGAGAUUGAAACAAGAGUUACAGUGAAUGCAGCUUUAUCUAAAGGUAACACCUGUCUCUGCCUGUAAAGCUUGCCAAUUAAUCUGGUGCAUUUUAUUUGUUUGUUUGUUUGUUUGAGCCGGACACAACCUGCAGUUAAAAAUGACAAAUUACUCUUUCUGUGUGGGGGGUGGUGGUGGUGGGGGGGCAGACUCUGCAGCUCACUAGGGUGUCCCCUCAAGCCGAAAACAUACAGGACCCGUGUUGAGCACGAUCAGUUAGCGUUGCGUCUCUGCUCCAUCGAACAGCGCUGUCUAUCGCCCACAGGAUGCGUGUUUGGAGCGUAGCAGCAGCGUAGCGCAGCCCCGGUCAGCUGGGCUCUAUGGAGGAAACAACCUGCUCACAACAGGUUGUUUUGCCUUUCUGUGGUCUAUUUCCUGCUAAUUUGGAUAUAAUUCAGUGACUCCUGAGCUUCUACUGUAUGUGAAAAAACAACAUGAUUUUACAGUUUCGGUUUUUGCAGGUUUACUCAUGUUUAAUAAAGUAAACUAUGUUCCUUUAUGCUGUGCUGUUACCUUCAGACAGAGUUAGUAGUUAAAAGUCCUGUUGGGGUCCACAUGGAUCAGGGAUUGACCAUCGGAUUGUUCUGUGUUAAUAAUAAUUAUAAUCAAUAACCACAAGUAUUUCUCAUCUACAUGAACUGAUACACACAUAUAGUGUUUUAUUUUGAAAUUUACCGGAUGAUGUGCGUGGUUUUCGUGCUUGACAUCCUGUCUAGAAUGACCUGUCCUGUGUAGAUUGACACGUGUUGGAAGCGUAGAGCAGAGAAAAUAGACUCGCCGCGUAUCUUUUGCAGAGCCACCCUCGACACGUGUCUGAGACGGAGCUGCGACGCGUCCUGUGUGUGAUGUUGCAUUGAUUAGAAUGGCAACCUAUUUGCUGCAUGACAUGUGACGGGGACAGAACGCACUCAACACAGAUCCUGUAUGUUUUGGGCUUAAGUUAUCUAGCAAAAGAAACAGGAAACUAUAUAAAUAUUAAAAAAAAAGUGUAUUUACUUGCAUCAAAAGACAGUACGUGACCACAGAUAUAAAGUAAAUGAUGUGAAAUGGACCAUCACCUGUUGUUUAUAGGUUUGAAUGAAGCGUCCCUUACAUGUUCAAUUAAAGUUUUAACAUGAAUAGAGGCGACCAGAAAGAACAGCUGUGGUCCUGAAUUUGUAUUUGUCAAACAUCCACUCUAGCUGAUUUGGUAAACUCGCUAAAUGUCUCACUCCUUAACAGAUACUGGCUGCUAUUCUCAGUUUUGCUGUUUGCCAAGUGAGAAAGAAGGAAAGAGAUUUGGUCAAUUGAAUGUUAUUCAGGUGUAUCACUGUGUAGGGAGGAAGAAAAAAACAUGGAUUUUGUUGAGAUUAGACACUCAGUGUGGAGAGAGUUUGUGUGCUCUUGACCACCAUGCUUUCAGAAACAACUCAUAAGCUGAGAAUGCAAAUAAAAUGUUUUUUCCUUCUGUGAAAGAAAGGAAAAUAAUUAGAUCAAUUUAGUACGGUCAUGUCAUUCCAAAAUAGAUUUUAAUACCAUUAAAUGUUACAUUUUGUUUUGCAGUCGGUGUAAGAUUCAGAUUACAAAUCUGCUGCUGAUGAUGUAAGAUGAUGUGGGCCCUGCUUCUGCAGAGGGCAGCAGCAGGUCACUCAUUUCAGUUUUCGUGUCAGAUUUUAGGAGUUAAAGUCUUCAGUUUCUGUUUUGCUUGUGUUUUGGCUUUUCUUUUCCUUUUCUGCAUGUAAGGAAGAUGUCUUGUUGCUUGCUAUCAAGAUAUCUGGUAUCUAUGACUACUGUUGUCAUGCGGGAGUUGUAUUGUUGUCAGCGAGAGAUUGAAACACAUAACUGAGGCAUUUGACUGCUGAUCGUUAGCAGCAGCACCAACAGCAGCAGCAGCCUACUCAGUGUAUCUGAGCCACCCACACAAAGGCAAGGCAGUCACGCGGGGAGUGAGGUAAAGACUUAGAGCUGUAUGACCCAACAGCGUGGCAUGGGGCCAGCAGGCAGCUGAGGGGAGCCCACUGCUGUGCCUCACUCUGCGUCCAGCCUCGCCCUGCCUCCUCUUGCUAGUGGCACUGGCUUCACACUUACCCCAGAUUAUCCUGCUGGAGCAGCAUUUCUGAGUUUAAGCUAAAAAAGAAGAAUAGUGUGGUUGUUCUUGCAAAAAAAUGCAGAUCUUUCAAGUGAAAGGAUUGGGAAUUGAAGAGCUGUUGUUUAAGAGAAGAAAAUGAGAUGAGCCGUUUGGAUUCAGAGAAGAUACAAGAGAUCACACUUAAAAAAAUUUUUUGGAUACAGCGAUUAGACACUCUCCAAAAAGAUCGUAGGAAGCACUACCUUGAUCACUUUCAGAGAGAUGAAGAACGCCUGGAAGGUUCAUGAGGUUGUCAUGUCUCCAACUCUUUCAGGACAAUCCUAUCGGAGACUGGGAUGGUGUGUUCGACGGGAAGUUGCUGUGUAAUUUUGCCAGUUUGGAGCACACCCGACUCGUCCCCAUCUGUGACGUAAUGCCAGGUGAGUAAGUAAGUGUUUGUUUGUCUGCUGAAAACAUUCAGCUGCCCCGCUCGGAGAAGCUCUCAGCUCCUUCUGAGUGUCCUGAGUUUGUGUUUGGCUUGCAGCGGGGAACAGAGAGCCUUUUGUGCCAAUGGCUCACUUGUUUUUGAAAGUCAAGUGACAUACUCAGGCUCUUUGUUCUUGGCAUUGGCAUAUUGAUUUGUUGAUGUGUGCAACUGCCACUCUUGAAUAUUCAUCAUUGCAUAUAGAAAAUAUAAACCAUUAGAAGUAUUGUUGUGAUCCUUCAGAUUAGUCAGUUUUUUGUUUAUGUGCUCUCAUUUGUGUUUAGAUAUGCCAGAUGAAACAUAGAUUAUGACAAAGAAAAGCUACUUAAUCUCUAUCAAAACAAAAGUGGUUAUCUAUUGUUUUGGAUGUGUUAUGUUGGUGAUAGUCAGUUAAAAUGAUCCCAGAUGAUAGUCAGCCUGUUUACAAAGUGAUAGGAAAAAAUUCUAACAAUGAAUUUUAUGAUAACUUUGUCAUCAGUGUCAAUAUCUUUGGUCUGCCAGUCAGUAGUUUGGCAAAAGUUGUUAGAUAGUUAAAUUCUUUGCUUGACAGAUGUCUGGCGGUAUCACACACCCAAAUCAUGUUUCCUGUAGAUAACUAAAAUAAAAUCUUCUUUUUCCCUCAGGGUGUUAAACUGUGUUCAUUCAAAUUGAAGUGAGAAAUUUAAAGUAGUGAAGGGUAAAUGUGAAUGAUUAGACAUUAAAAGUGGGCUGUGGCAGAGAUCUAGGGCUUGUUAGUGUAACACAGACUGAAGGGGGUGAUGUGCCUCUAAUGUGGAUGUAUUUCUGGGCUGUGCAGAACUUUCGAUGCAGGACCAAAGGCUGCAAAAGCACAGUUUUGCCCCCAGAGGCACCAGCAGUGACAAGUCGUCCUCUGGCCAAAGCAAACCAAAGAGCAAAGGUACUGCACUGCUGCUACGAUACAAACCUAACUGAUGUCCCCACAGCUUGGUGUGAGGAUAACUCUUAAAGGGGCCUUUCAUCCAAAAUAACUGGUGGUGAUUUUACGUUGACAAAUUCUAAUUGGACAGUUUCCUGCUGUGAUCAUUUCCUGAACCAAGUCAUUUUUUGGUUGUAGAGAGCCUCUGAAUGAACAGUUUUGGUUGAACUUGUAAUGAUUUCAGAAGGGAAAAAGAGAACUAAAACCCUUUUGGUGGAAAGCCCCUUUACCAAGAUAUUAAUUAUAGAGGGCAUGCCUAACUUCACUUAUAACAAAAUAUGAGGAAUUCUUGCCACAGCUUCAUUAAAUCAAUGUGAAUGGAAUUUACCUUCAUUUGUUUAUGACUUUUCUUUGUAUUUCUGUUGCUUAAAAAAAAAAACUACUACUGAUUGAUUGAUUGAUUGAACGUUUCACCCAGAAUUUGCUCUCUUUUAGUCUUCAUUUGUCUGCUGCUGAAACAAAGGACAAAACUCUCUCAGACACACACACUCACACUCACUCACACACACACCUGAACACAUACACAUUUUGCUUAUUCCUGUCUCUUUCUUUUUUCGUGUACUUUGUUAUUUCCAGGACUAGGUCAUCAGUGUGGCAGUAGGAGCAAGUCUGAAUUUUACUAUACUUUAAAUGGCAGCUCUGUUGACCCCCCAGCCCAGUCCAAAUCCAAAAGCACAUGGUACAUUGAUGAAGGUAAAAUACGGGUACUCAUGGGAUGUCAACCAUCUUACUGGCAAGCUCCUGUCUACAAAAAACUACAAACUAAUAAGUUUGGGUACGGCACACCUUUAUCGGGGCUGUAUGAUUUUAAUUUACUAACACUGGCAGGAUCACGGGUUCUAUAUCCUCUUGGGCUAUUUACACUCUGGUACUGUGAUACUACUAAUACCAGCGUCCUCUCAAUGUAGCAUACUUUAGUUUUGUCAGUUUAUUUUUAUUCUGCAUAAGAGCCAGUUUCUCCCACUUGUGAAAAUCAAAUAGCACUCACUAUAAGUGAAUAUAAAUAUUGUGACUGUUAGAACAUCAGAUUUAAACUCUAAUUAAAUAACAAAAAGUAGAGAUUCUCAUGAGAUCUGCUGACAAAUAAACUAACUUUUACUGCUGCUUUUCCUGUUGACAGAAAUAAUGAUGACCUAUGAUGUCUCAUAUUUUUGACUCUUUGUAUGGCGUGUUAUUUGUUAUUGACCAGCAGUUGUCUCAGUCAUCCAGUUUUUUGUACAAAUUUAACAACAACUGAACAGAGCUGUGGUGCUAAAACAGCAGCAGUUCGCUGUCUUCACCACGCCAGCUCAUAUAAGACAUACCACCAACACAACUGAUCUGAUCCCUGGACAGAAAUAGUUUACAGACAGAUACAGAAGAGGUAAAAUUUAGAUGUAACUAAACUGGAAUAAAGCAGGGGUCAUUUAUUGACUUACUCUCCUUUUUGUAUUUUUCAUGCUAUAACCGGGCAUGCUCAUUGCAAAUUGUGUUUUUUCUCCUCUUCUCCAAGUGUGUAAUACAAAAAAUAGACCAAAAGAGACAGAGGAGGGGUCUCAUACCAUUUCUCACAAGUGGUGUAAUUUAUAGAUUUAUGACAACUGUAUAUUAUUUUUUUAAAGAUGACAAAAUUGUGUAAAAAUAAAACUCAGGGUUGAUAUGUUAGACAAUACCUUUAAAAAAAUUCUUUAACUAAAACAGUGAAAUAGUUAGUUUUUUAAAAAGUAUUUUUUUCUUUUACCUUUUCAACAAGUGGGAGGAAUUGAGUUUCUAUUGAAAGAAGUAUUUAGUUUCCAUAUGAGAAGUAACUUUUGUAGUUCCUCUAUUCUGGGACAAAAAGCCCCUUUGAUUCCUGAUAGGGGGAAGACAGGAUCUGUUAAUGCAAAUUUCCUGGUAGAAACUUGAACCUGUUGCAAAUGCAAAAAUCAGUGGUUUGUUGCAGUAGCUUGCUGUAAAGACUUCUUCACUAGUCUCGUCCUUCAUCACCAUUUUAGUGUGGAAUUCCACCUGCAUGGAGUAGUUGGUGUUGCUUCAAGGCUUUUAAUAAUGCUCAGUACUGCAAAUAUUAUCUUACCUGUCUUAUAGAUGGACGUUAAAUACAAUUUGCAGGACAAAGCUUUAGUAAAAGCCUCUUUUUUAUGUGAAGACUGAUUCAAUCAGUCUGCACAUGGGGUCAUUGUUCAGUAUAUAUCUCCUCCAGACACAAGUCUGAUUUAUUUUUAUGGUUUUAUUGUUAAAUAAAUUAUCUGCACAUGUCAUCACCAAUGCAUGCCAGUUGUGAAGAAGUUAAUGUGCUUUACAAAACAAGUCUGUACAUGAUCAUACUUUUUACUGAGACUUGUGUUCUGUUUGGGAUGAAUUAGGGACUAUAUAUGUUCUUAUCAGUACUUACAAGCAAGAUACAGAAGUAUCACAGGAGGAAUAAACUUGGUCAAGCUGUGAAAUUCACAGAUUAUUCACAAUAAUAAAGGCUGGGAAAUGUACCUGCACAGUUAUCUUUAUUAAAGCAGGAAUUAUGAGAGGUCAGGCUUAAGUGACUGACAGCCUUAUUCACAACUGCCUUCUCAUCCUGUGAAUGUGUAAUCAUUUUCAUCUUCCACAGGGUCACUCUCCACUUUUUGGGAUGGUUUUCUUUGUGACUGUUAUGGUGCUUUUAUUUCUGUCAGAAGUCAUCACAGUUCUCUCAGCAGAAAAGUGGUUCACAUGUGGAUGUAUACACUUAAAGGUGAAUGCCACUUUUUUAAGAAUUCACAGUGCCUGGGACUUUGUCAGGCUGUGAGAUACAGAAUGAUGGUGAUAUUACGUACAUCACAACUGAAGGAUCUUUAAUGUGUGCUCAGAUUAACACGAUAACUGUGUGUUUCAAAAACACAUGAAGGGGUUAUGGGGUUGGUGUAUUAUAAUGGUUGUAUUGUGAUGAAUGCUAUAAUUGGACUUGUAACUUCUGCAAAGGCUGACUUUCGCACAAACCUUUGACACAUUUAAAAGUUGCUAUUUGGAUGUGUCAGACUUUGAAUUGCAGUGAUAUCAGAGAUUGGUUAGCACUGGUGAAGUGGGCUGACUUAUUGACGCAAUACGUGAGAAAAUGCUGGUCUGUGAAUUCUUGGAUUACGUGGCAUUCCCCUUUUAUAAACUCAUGAGUUUUCAAUAUCGGUGUUUUGAAAGGUAAUUUUCUAUACAACACUUGAACAGAAACCUUAAAGACUACAUAUCUGAAAAUUGCAAAUUCCAUCCAGUAGAUAAAAUUAAGUGAAGUUCAGAUAGUAAUUUGUUUACAAUCACACAGAAUUGGGAAUCUGUACACAGGGCAUCAACUCUUAAAAACAGGGCAUUUGCACAAUUGACCCAAAUACUUGUACUCAGAUGGUGUCUUGUUUUCCUCCUCCCAUGUCAUUAGAGAAGGGUUGUUUGUUUCUUGUUGAAGUGGAGUUGUGUGAGGUACUUGUCAGUAUCACCCCAGAGGAUGCAGGUCAGCCCCGUCUCUGUUUUUAGGAACUGAAUGGUAGAACCAGUGUGGAAGUGAAGUUAUUGGCUGCUGAAGAUGGGUUUCAGAAGCUCAUUUCUUUUCACACACAUUUGAUCAUUGAUCAGCUAACUGGGUCUAAGAUUCUCGAGUCAAUUUUUCCUUUACCCAGCUAUAUUGUGUAUUUUGAUCUGGAGUAUAUGUAAAUCGGUUUAAGAUAACCAAGCAACAAUCUAAAAGCAACAAGCCAAACAUCAUCAGACCGGCGCAAUAAUGGUUGCAGAGUUUGUUAUUUCGGGUCAACAAACACAGAGCAUUUUGGUGGAGUGAACACACCAUGUGGACCAUAUUUUAUGUCAUCAUGUGAUAAAAAAAACAAGAGCUGAAAACUUACUUUGUAGACACUCUUGCAUUUUGAUUGUUUGAUUUUCUGAAUAAUUUAUAAAACUGAAGAAAGUUGGUCAGACAGUGGUGGUCAUUGAGGCAGUAAUGCAGCAGCAUGGUAUCACUGAAAUCCUCUGAUUUAUAAAGAAACUUGACAUGCUGCGAUAAAUGCUGUGUCAUGUCAGAUUCCCACAUUUUUUAGUUAAGUUGUAUUUUUGUCUGUUUUGUAGACCAAAGACCCAAACAGCUGAUCACUGUGCACCCAUCCAGAAACAAUGCAAACACAAAUAAGCCUUAUGACUGUGAAGUCAAGCUCAGACAUGCAGUGUAUGCUGGGAAGUAAUUUUAAAAUUAGCUAAAUAAUAUGGUAGAGCUGAGCCAGUCUGUAGUGGCUGAUAGCCUGGCUCAAAAGCUGACCUGCAUCCUUGAGAGUAAAACACCUUCUGUUGAUAAGUACCUCACAUAACCCCACUUCAAAACGCCCAUAUUAUCUUCUUGUUGUUUUUUUAAUAUGCUGUCACUAUGUUUUAAGCAUUACCAUCCAUCUCCUUCAUAUACUUUGAAUGUUUUCUUGUACUCUCAAAUGAACCUCUUAUCUGAACUGUGGACCAGGGAAAGUCCUUUGAAAUGCCCUCACGGUGUAGAAAUGAUUUCAGUUGUCAAGUAAUAGCGAGAGUGUGUAUAUAUAUAUAUAUAUAUAUAUAUAUAUAUAUGUAUUAUAUAUUAUAUUUCUCUGUGUCAACAAAUAACCGACUUAACUUUUCCCCCAAUGAUUCUGACAUUUAAGAGAAAAUACUCUCAUACUUACAAAAUCUCAUCUCAUUACCCAAAUGUGAUAAUGAGUUAAUCUGCAGGGAAUUUAUAGGAGAACUCAAAAAGAACUUCACUCUUUUAAUGAAUGAAAACCUGAUGGUGCUGAUGAACUGCAGGUGAACAGCAUCAGUGAGCAGUGAAAUAGGAACACAAUGAGAUAAGCUACCAGUGAAAAAGUGACUUUGAAUUAAGUUUUGAUUUUCUGGCUUUUCUCCUGCAGUUGGAGAGGACCCUGCCAAGUCCCUCACUGACACGCCCCCUGACUUCAACCAAUCCUCCCCACCCUCCAGAGCCCCGCCCUCUGCCUCGUUGUCCAGUGACAACAAGUUCCACUCUCUGCCCUUCAGCUUGAACCGGAAACCGGGGCCCAUCGACAGUAUGAGUCAUGGGCCCCUCUCCCUCUCUGUUCAGUCAGUGAUGGGGGAGCAGCCUGAACCUUCAUCACCUGCUGCUCCUCCCUCACCACAGCCCCCAACUCCUCCACGAGGACAGCCUGGUCUGGAGGUGGGCUCUCUGGUGGAGGUGAAGGAGAACCCCCCUCUGUGCGGUGUUAUCCGGUGGGUGGGUCUGCCUCCUGGCCUGCUGGAGCCUUUGGCGGGGUUGGAGCUGGUGAGAAAACACAGCAGUGUGCACUAACAGUUACACUAUGAGUCACUGAGGUGGCGAUGGGUCCGUUUUUUAUUUCACUAUGAAAGACGUGAGCUAAUUUGCUGCAUGCAUGUAACUGCUGUUUCUACUGCUAACUGAUGAAUUGAUGACAACAUUAGUAUCUUCAAAGAGUCUUUCAUUAUUUUAAACCUGUUUUGAUCUCAUCAAUUAUUCUCUUAUGUGUCAUUAGCAUGCAUGACUUUUAAUUUUGCUGGGCAAAGCAGUCAAAACUGGCAAGACUAAACAUCGAAUCUUGCUGAUCUUUUUGAGUACAUGCUUUGUUUUGUUAUCAAAAAUAUCUUCUGCUCUUUUUUAACUUAAUUACUCAGGGUGAAAAUUGCUGACAAAGACACUUAUGUAAUUAGUGCUGUUAAUCACUUUUUCUCCAUGCUGCUGGUCUUGUUGGUUUUUAUACCUACGAGCAUCUCUGCAGCUAAAUAGAACACAUUAAAUCUGUUUUGUGUAAUCCUUAGAAACGUCAAAGUUGUUUUCUGCUAGGCUAUUUCUGAACCUGGCUCUGUUACUUCCUGGAGAUUUUAGAAAGUUGUCAACAAGUGAAAAUAAAUGCUCCCUAUAUGUUGAGCUUUUUUCUUUUAAACAACACAUUGGUGUUAAUAGUGGGGAAAAAAGCAGCACAAGGGAGAAAAUUCAAUAUAGAAUAUCUGACACAGCAGUCGAAGUAGAACCUGGAGCAUUUGGAGCAGUUUAGAAUAAGAAAAUACUUGUUCACGGUAAAAUUAUGGUACAUCACUGUUACUGUGCAAUGUUGGUUUGACUUACUUUUCCAGGAAGAAGAGUGUCCUGGUUGCACUGACGGCACCUUCAAAGGUACUCGCUACUUCACCUGCCCACCCAAAAAAGCUCUCUUUGUAAAGCUCAAGUGCUGUCGGCCUGACUCCCGCUUCCCAUCCCUGCAUCACUCGUCCAACCCCAUAGAAAGAUGCAACUCCAUUGGUGAGUCAAAAGAGGAAAAGACUUACUGAAGGCACCAAAUUCAACAACAUCUCUCGUUUUAAUGUUGGCUCUUACUGCUCUUGGUGUUUUGCAGCAUUUGGGGGUUACCUCAGUGAGGUUGUGCAUGAAAACACACCUCCCCGCACAGAGAAUGAUGGUCUGGAUGUCAUGGUGGGAAAAAAGAAAGGCAUCCAGGGUCAUUACAACUCCUGCUACUUGGAUUCCACCCUCUUCUGGUCAGCACUGUUUUGGACUAGCAGUAAAUGCAUUUCAUUGGUAGUUUAUGAUGUUUUGUAUUAACAUUUUCAGACUUGAGUCUUAUUGAUGAGUUGUAUAGAACUCCCUUGGCUGGUGGUGCUGUGUUUGCCCGGAGGCAAGAGCUUGUUAGUAAACUGUUUUGACUUUGCCCACUGGCAGGUUGUAUUCCUGCUGUGAGCAGGCUGGUGGAUACAGGAUCUGUUGUUUUUGCUAACUCUGCCAAAGGGCCAUUAAAAAAAAGCAGUCAAGCCAAGCAACUCCACUUAACUACAGGGGAGUAAAUUGUUUGAAUACACUUUGACCAGUGUGAAGUUUUGAGGUUUAGAUUUGAAGUUUGACCUCUUUAGAAGUGCUGUAAUUAAAAACAACAACAACACUGAUUGUAACCCUUGAGUGUGUGCUCUGCCCCACAGUCUUUUCUCCUUCAGCUCAGUUUUGGACACAGUUCUGCUGAGACCACGUUCAAAGACUGAUGUGGAGUACUACAGAGAGACCCAAGAGCUUUUACGCACAGAGAUAGUUAACCCCCUGCGCAUGUAAGUCUAAGUUGCCUCACUGUGAACAUGGUCUGUCACAGGAUCUUAAAACUUCUUCCUACUCACAGUUUUGACUCAGCUUUCGCCGCCUGUUGAGGAUGUGAUUAAUUUUUCUUUUCUUCUUGAAAGAAUAAUAGAUUUCUUUCUUCAGGUUUCUUCCAGAAUAAGAGUCUCCUCAUGAUUAGAAUUCAGAGAUAUCAAAAAUAAACAGACCCAUGUGUUUUUUAAAUCAAAUGUUAUGUUUUGGUUUUGUCACUCACACACCCUGCAAUGUCUGAAUAUAAAAUUAGAUGCAUAUUUGGCUCAUGGAGCUGUGUUCAUCAAUCUGUAUGUUGCUGUUAAGCUAGCUUGUAACUUGCUUUGUCCUCUACUCUCCAGACAUGGGUAUGUUUGUGCCACUAAAGUGAUGAAGCUACGAAGAAUACUGGAGAAAGUCGAAGCUGCCUCUGGAUUUACCUCUGAAGAAAAAGGUAGGAGAGUGAGAUGAAUAAGUUGUUUACUGGUCUUUAAGUCAUGUCAUGUAAAGUUCACGGUUAUCAUUGAGGUGGUUUUGAUUGCAUCAUGAUGGUGCAUUCAGUCUGUUCUGUAGUGAUGGUGUAGCAUUUCAUAUUGAUGCCCUAGUCUUUGCUGUUAUUGUAGCGUCUGCAUGUGAUGGCAGCAUAUAAACAGAAAUGUUAUCUCGUGUCUCAUAUAAGCACAUUUAUUGAUGCAGAUCCCGAGGAGUUCCUAAAUAUCCUUUUUCACCACAUCCUGAGAGUGGACCCAUUGCUUAAGCUAAGGUGAGGUCAUGGUUUCUUCUACAGGCACAGUAUGAUAUGACUAACACUGUUUGUACUCUUUUCUCAUGAUCUUCUAGUUUCCAUCUUACUGAGCAAACGGUUUGGUAAAAAUAGUUAAGAUGUGAAACUCGUUAUUUAAUUGUUGUGCUUACAAGAUUCUACAGAUGCAAAUUUAGGGACAUGACCGCUUAACUGCAGACAGUAUUUAAAUCUGUAACGUGUAGAUUAACACAGACACAUAGUUUCACUUCUGUUUUACACUGAGGAUUUAUCAGACAGUGUGCAAUGUGGUUAAGCUGUGAAAGGGCACUUUUUGGUUAUUUUAAGAUAAUUUCCCCUUUAAUCGUUCUUCAGGAUCUGUUUCAAUGCAGAUGAGCAGACAUUUGGUGACUUUUGUUAAGAGUACCUCUUCUAAAACAAUUAAAAAAGACUCAACCAAUAUCUUCUGAUAUCUUUUGUUUUGUGCAGUUCAGAGUAGAUAUUUUUUGUCUAUUUAAUGCAUAAGAUAAACUUUGAUAUAAACUUGUUUUAGUCGCGUUAAAAACUUCAAGUUUUUGUCGAAUAGAAUUUUAAAACAUUUCCUAAAAGGGUCUUGUGUUUUUCAGGUCAGCGGGGCAGAAGGUCCAGGACUGUUAUUUUUACCAGAUCUUCAUGGACAAGAAGGACAAAGUUGGAGUUCCAACCAUCCAGCAGCUCCUGGAGUGGUCCUUCAUCAACAGUGACCUCAAGUUUGCAGAGGUGAGUUUUAGUGAGCCCUACCUUGUGUUGUGAAAGAUUAGCCUGAGUGUAGUAGUAAGAUUUGUAUUGUUGCUAGAGUUAUCUAAUACACGCUUGUUUGGCACAGUCAUUUUCAGCUUAUAGAUUACGACUCAAGUCUUUGAGCUAAAUCCUGGCUUAUACAAAAUGAUAAAUUAAGCCUUGAUUGAUCCCAAGAGGUGAAAUGUUCCAGUCACAACAACACCAAAACAGCCAGGAAUACAGAUAAAGGAAAAUAAACAACAGCAUUUACAGUGCUUCCAAAAGUGUGAGACAUGUUGGGCAACAAAUACUCAAAUGUAUUUAUGAACACCUACAUGCUCAAUCUUCACAUCAGCGGAAAUAAAUAAUGUGUUCAUUACAGUUGCAUUAAUAACAAAGAAUUAACUAGAAUAGCUUUUGCAGUCACAUGAAGUCAGAAACAGUAACUUUGAUACACGAUGCUGCUGUGAUGUUACAUUUAGGGUAUGAAGAGUUUUUCUUUUGAAUCAAACAAAGUGGGCAACAGACUUUUUGAAAAUAUUCAAUGUAAUAUUCUACAAUUGUGGCUUUUCAAACUAAUCAGGUCUAUAAAUUGUUUUAUCCAAAAUCACUUCUGUAAUAUUGCUGGCCUGCGUUCAAAUCUCUCAAACUACUUGUGUAACUUUUUGUAACUUAGGUGUUGUUGUUUUCUUUUCUGUGGCAAAGCUGAAGAUGAUACUCUUUUCUUUAGUUUAAGUGUUGACAAGUGGAUAGAUGAAGGUGAAAACACUUUACAUGGGUUGUAUUUUGUCCAUGUCGUGGCUUGCAGACUGAUUGCCAGCUGCACCCACACCGACAGUGACAGCUAAUAUGAUGAGCUACACAAGAGACCCAAAACAGACCUGAAAUUACACUGCCUGGAUAAGAAGCAGCAUUUGCUGACUUGAUACUAAUUGAAACAAGAGAUAUCAAAUUCAAAGUCUAUCAUCACAUUUCUGUUGUUUGUCCUUUUAUUACAUUUAUCCUUGAUAGUUAUUGUCUGUAGUUUAUUGGAUUCUGAACCUCCUCAGGCUUUGUUGAUAGUCUUUGUCUCCAGGUUUCAGUGUCUGUCUGCACCAAGCUUUACAAAUGUGCCCAUGCUGCUUUGUUGACAUGUUUUCUUUUUCUGUUUUUUUCCCCCCUUCCCUUCCCAGGCUCCCUCCUGCCUUAUCAUCCAGAUGCCCCGCUUUGGAAAGGACUUCAAAAUGUUCAACAAGAUUUUCCCUUCACUAGAGUUAGACAUCACAGACCUUCUUGAAGACAGUGAGUAGAUGCCCUCUUCUCCGUGUGAUGUGUUCCUGCUGAUCAGUUGUGAUUGAGAUCUGUGUGGCAUUUGUCACUCAUACCCCUUAAGUUGAAAUUUAUAUUUAGUGGGUGUGAGGGAACCUGGUGUUUUCAAACUUGCUCUUAAUUUAUUGAAGGACUAAGGUUUUGUGCCGUGUGCCAGCCAGAAUAAAAAUCUGUGUCUUCAUUAUCCAGCUCCAAGGGAAUGUCGAAUCUGUGGGGGCCUGGCUCUCUAUGAGUGUCGAGACUGUUAUGAAGACGGGGAUAUCACUGCUGGCAAGAUCAAACAGUUCUGUGAAAAGUGCAAUACACAGGUAAACAACAGAGGGCAUUAGUGCAACACCAGUUCAGUCAAAAAGUUGUAAUGACUGGAUGCAUCAAGACCCUCCAUUUGGUGGCGCCAAAUCCAAAGAAAACAGAUUGUUCCAGUGCAGCAGUUCUGUCAGGGAGAGUGGAUUUUUACACAGGGGCUACGUAAAUCAUUUCACCUGCUUGUACUCUGGACAUUUACUAAAACAUUGUUGAAAAUACAGUCCUAUUUUUGGAACCACCACCUGGAAGUAUGGAUCCACAGUUGUACAUUUAGUGUUUUUAUUUUAUGGACUCUUUUAAUGUGAAUGUUGUAUGAAACAUGUUGGCUGUAAAUUAUAUUGUUGAUCUCUUCUGGCCCGAGAAAUAAUUAACCUGUGAAAUGGUGUCUGAUUGUGUUGGUUCAGGUCCACCUCCACCCGAGGAGAAAAACCCAUCGGCAUGGCAAACUGUCUGUCCCCAAGGAGCUGCAAGAGGGAACAGGGCGGCAGGGCAGUUUUCCCCGCCAGAGGAUGGAGCUGUUCGCCGUACUGUGUAUUGAAACCAGUCACUACGUGGCCUUUGUCAAGUACGGCAGCGCAGAUUCUGCCUGGCUCUUCUUCGACAGCAUGGCAGAUCGGGAUGGUAGGUGUCGGAGCCUUUUGAUGUUUUUUUUUUUUUUUGAAGACAUCAAAUUUAUCCUUAAAUUGCCUUUGAUUAGGUGCAAGAAAGUUGUUUUUUUAAUGCUUAAGAAAUCUCUCAGUUCUCAUGGAAACAUAUUUCUGAAACCUUGUGAAGUAAACUAAUGAAUCACUUAGAUAAAAACUUCCAUGAAUUUUUACAUUUCUGUUAGACUGUGAACCCACUUUUUAUUUUGUGAUAAUAGUGAUGGUUUUGUUUUCUGGUAUUUUUUUCAUAAAGGUUGAGUAAUUGUUUAAAUCAGUGAAAUUUAUAAAAAAUCACCAACAUAUUUAGUGACCCUUCAGACAGAAAAACUUCCUGUGAAAUCUAAAAACGCUUGAGAUUGUGUUUAGAAUUAUUGCUUAGAAACUGAGUUUUGAUUUGUCCAAUGUCACAAUAGUUUGUUGUUGUUUUUUGUUGAAUAACUAAAAGAUAAAUCAGCUGAUUUUCUUAUUUUGUCCUGGAAAAAGGGCAGGCCAUUUGAAGCAGUUUUAUUUGCAAGGACUCAAUCAUAAAAGCAACAAAAAACUGUAAAUAUUAUGUGACUAUGACUUUGCUGAUACAAAAGAAUAUUUCUUUGCUAAUGAUCAUGUAUGUGUCUUUGCAGGAGGGCAGAAUGGUUUCAACAUCCCCCAGGUGUCUCCUUGUCCGGAGGUGGAGGCCUACCUGAAAAUGACCCCAGAGGAGCUGCACGCUCUCGAUCCCAAAAGCAUCCAGGGCCAGGCUCGACGCCUGCUGUGUGAUGCCUACAUGUGCAUGUACCAGAGCCCAACCAUGAGCCUGUACAAAUAGUAUCCUCUUUUUCCCAACUCCCAACCCCUCCACCCCUGUCCCACAGCAACACCACCUCCCUUUCUCUCAGAGCAGGAGAUUCCCAGAAAGACCAAAAAUGAAAAAUGGACUAAGAGAAGAAAGGCUGCCUGCGAACAGGGGUGCUGUCUGAAGUGAACCCUCUUUACUCCACCUCUCCUCAAUGCCUGCUCUCCCCCCCCGGAGGUUGGAGAGAAGGAAGAGAGGGAAGGGAGAAGCCUAUUUGCACUGUGCAUUAGUUGAAGUGUUGUGUUCUUCAUGUAGUCCUAUGUAGCUUCCCUGUGUCUCACAGAUGAGCAUCGGUGUUGGCUGAUGAAGCAAAGGUAGGCCUUAUGAAGGUUCACUCCUUGCAUAAGGAGGACGGGGGGGAGAAGAUGGAAGAAAGGGUAUGUUUGCAUUGACACAGCCAACAGACCUGCAACGAAAACAAGAUGAGCCAGUGGGAGGACCUUGGCCACCUCAUUUACCUUAAGAAAAGAGGAGUCAUGCUAUUGUUAAUCACUGUAAAAGACGGGAGCUUUCCAUAAUGCCACAUUAAGGAAGCAAUGCAGUCAUCCAACGUGUGUGUACUGUUCUAAAAACUUGUGUAAAAUCUUUUAGUAGCAUAGGUUUUUCCAGGUAGUUACAUCAACAGUAUAGAUGUCAACCUACUGUGCAUUUGCAUCAAGACCAGAGUACUCUGCUCUUCGUGAACUGGUCCGCAUAUUUCCCAUCACGCUGUGUAAAUGUCUAUACAGUAUAUGUUUUGCAGAAACAAAUGUAGCCAUUGUAAAAGUCUCACGUUAUAAUGCAUACUUGCUCAACCAAUGCUGCACUUUCGCUCUAUCCCCAAGUGGACCUAUCAGGAAACAUUUAGGUUUUGCUUUUUUUCCUAUUGGAAGUCACAAGGAGUGCUAAUUUGUUGGUUGGGAGACAUCAGAGUUUAGUGUUACAGAAUACAAAUGUGCUUCUCUUCUGGAGCUGUAAAGAACGCUCUGCAUUGCUAAUGCAGGGUAGAUGCCAGAUAAAUGCAUGAAGGGAGACUUGUACAAUGGCUCCUGUUGUCAAGCUAGUUGGUGGUGCACUCCAUGCAUUCAUAGGGUCAAUGAGGUGAAAUACUCCAAAAGUCUUUCUGGUGUCUUUUAAGAAGGACGGUGUGAUGAUAUGAGUUUCACAUGCAGUGUUUUGUAAGAAUAAUGUUGAUGACUAAAUCUAAGUUAUGUUUUAUGUUUACAAAGCCUUUUUCUCUGCCCGUCAUGGCAACUAUGGACUCUUGCUGCCUUCCAUGAAGAUGUGACAUGCAACGUUUCCAGCCACGCACCAGAUAACAAAACAUUUGUGAUCAAAUAUUAUUAUUUAUUAUAUUCUAAUCAUAUUAAAAACUCCUGUGUCGUCCAUUUUUAAGAAAACGAAUCAGGGUUGAUGAUACUGGUUUGGGUACUGCUUAUCCUCUUUCACUGUAUAAUGAAGUGAGUUUUUGUAGUUUACGCUUUCUCAUAGCAACUACUGAAUGUUAAUCGUGACAUGUUGGACAGUGUAGAGUCAAAGGGUGGGAAAUGAAUGAGACACAAAGCUUGGAACCUUAGGUAACCACAUAUGUAAUGAAAGGAAAAAAACAAAUAAAAAAAAAACCAAGUAUUUAUUCUCGAUUACACUGACAUCUAACAAGUACCUAAAGAUCAUAACUCAGAUUAAGACAACGUAUUUGUUGGUUUUUAUAUAUCCUGAAAAAAUUGGAUAAAAUCAAUAGAUUGCACAAGUCGGCAUCAGGAUAAUGUAUCUUGUUCCUGCCUCACAACUUAAUCAUGGACUUAGUUGUGAAUAUAAACAAACUUUUGAGGGUUUUAUAAACGAAGUUCUAGCUGACAGCUCUCAUUUUGCUCUGUGGUGGUUUCCACUGUCCUAGGGAUCCUGACAGGGGACCUUCCUGUGUGAGUGAACUUUUUUUCUGCACUGCUGAAGCUUGUCACUGACUGGAGCCUUGUUCUCUGUGAGAGGAGUCUCUGAACGGAGGAUGGGAUUUUGAUUUUCUGUUGCAUCUGUACAGUCGACAUAUGUAACGGGUGGAAAAUUAAUGUAAGUGAUGUUCCUGUAAAUGUUAACAAAAUAAAGCCCAUUUUGAAGGCUAUA